CAAUGAACGAUUGUAAGGAACAUAAAAUUUUUAACACGUUAUGUGAAAAUAUUAUUAAAAAUUAUUGCUGUUGUGUCUGUUUCAAUUUUCGUUUUAUUUUCACACUGUCAGUUUAUAACACUGUAUCUUGUCAUUAAAUGUUAUUAUGGCCUCCGCUGCAGACGAAGAAGCCAUAUCCAAAAGGGUUACAAGCGUACUAGAAACGCACUUAGAAAGAGACAAGGUAGGUACCCAAAUUCUGUAUAAUGUUAAAUGAAUUAUAGUAAGUAUUCUUGCAUAUUUGAGCAAUAAAGAAAAUACUUCUACGCGAUUACAAAAUCAUAGUCAUAAUCUCUAAAUACCUUAUUAACGAUUCAUUUUCCUUUUUAUAAUAUUGUAGGAUGCUCUCGAAGCAUUGAAGGAGAUAUCCGAGUUCUACACCGAAAAUACUUUAGAAUGUAGAAGAGGCUUAAGGACCAAAAUCGAAAAUAGAAGUCUUGCUUUAAAUGAAGUAUGUUCAUUAAACAAUUAUAUACAAAUAGAUUAGUAAUAUUUUAUAGGCAGUAUAUAAGUAAUAUAUAAUAAACAUUAAACAUAAUAUAUCAGAAGGUCAGUUCGAAGCUAAGGACAAUUAUUUCGUAUUAAUUUUUAAACCUACCCCACUUGUUGUAUUUAGAAUUUUUUGACGUCUUUUGAAAAAGUGAAAGAUGCUAUUAAUGCUUUACACGAAAAUGUGAAUUCUUUAAACACAACUGUUGUAUCCAUGUCGUCUCAAUUGAAAGACACUAAAGCUGAGACUCAGAAUUUAAUUGAACUCACAAAACGACUGCAGCAUGAAAUGUAGGUGCAUACUUAUAGUAUAAUAAUACUUUUUAUUUAUACUUGGUAUUUAUCUAAUUAGGAAAAAUGUAUCCAACCAACAAUUAUUAGCAGACGCUUACACAAAAGCAUUCCAGCUGAGUCCUUCAGAAGUGGCUUGUUUGCAGUCUAAUAAUGUGACUCCUGAAUUUUUUACAGCACUCCGUAAAACACAAAACAUUAGUAACAAUUGUAGAGUACUUAUGCAAGCCGGUCAUCAAACAUCAGCUCUUAGUUUAAUGGAACAAAUUUCUACCUACCAGGUAAAAACAGCCAUACACUCAAAACAAGAAAUUAUGUUUUUAUUUUAAAAAUUAAACUUCCAGCAAAUGGCAAUGGAAGUACUCUAUAGGUGGAGCCAAUUGCAUUGUAAAGACAUUGAGUCCCAAACUAUUGGACCUCUACUAAUUUUUGCCAUGGAAGUGUUGCAAGACCGCCCAGUAUUAUUUAAGUAAGUUUCUUUUCCUCGAAAUUCAAAGAGACCGGACUUUCUAAUAAUGUUUAAAUAAAUGAUAUAUUAUAGAAGUUAAAACUUGAUUUUCAGAUAUGUGUUAGAUGAAUAUUGUACAAUAAGACAAGCCAUGAUUGCACAAAAGUUCAUCGAUUCUCUUGCGGUAAACAGUACAAAUAAUACUUCUUUAAAGAUAUUUUCAAAAGACAUACGACAGUACAUAAACAAUAUGUUAUCGUGGUUAAUUGAUAACGUUCCAGUUGAAAGAAAAUAUUUGAUGUACCUAUUGAAAAACUGUGAUAAAUUAAGUAAGGAAAUAGUUGCGUGUAUAUUACAACAAUAAUUAUAGUUAAAUUAAAUACGUCAUACCAAUUUUUACAGACAUUAAUGAGGAGAUAUCAUUAUGUAUGAGUAACAUUACUGAAGGAUUGUGCAACCCAUUAGCAUCACGUGUAGAAAGCGUAUUACAGACGAAUGAAAAUCCAAUUGACCUUUACGGUAUUGCUAGUUCAUUAAAAUUCUAUCUCCAAAUAGUAAUUAAAGUAAGUUUACAAAUACAUAAUGAUCAAAAAUUACUUAUAAAACUCCAUUAUAUUAUAUGGUGUUAUUAAAAUUUAAUAUUUGUUUAUUACUCUUAUUAUUAAGAUUUAAAACUAUUUUUGGCACAUAACGAAAAAUAUUAUUGCUUCAAUGAAAUAAAACAUUUACAGACAGUUCCCACUGGACAACUGUGCCGGACAAUUCAGGAGUUACAUAAGACAAUGGAAUGUGUGUUUUUAAACAAGUUACAAAAUUUAGUAAGAGAGACACUAUUGGAGCGUAUUGAAGCUCCACCAUCAGAUUUGUCUCCGUCACCUGGUAUAGGAUUUUUGUUAAAUAUUCUUCGGCAAGUGUUAUCAGUUGCUGCCGUCACAGAAGAUAAACAGGAAGACACGUCUAUGGUAAUAUAUAUAAUAGGUAAAAUCCUAGAUAUAAUCCUUUUAAAAUAUUUAAUUUCAAAUUGUAGAUAGUAUCUUGCGUCCUAGAACCAUUACUACAAGCUAUCAAUUUGAGCGCUUCACGAUUAACUCCAUUAGACAUGGCUGUGUACCAUCUCAACUGCUUAAACAACAUACACGAAACACUGAGACAAUUCCAGUAUGUUGAGGAAAAGCUUGAAAAACUGCAAGUAUGGCAACCUAAAUCUAGACUUCAAAAGUUUUUACUAAACAACAUACUAUAAUUAUUUUUCUAGGCUCAGAUGGCUAUACAAAUAGAAAUUGUUUCUGCUGAACAAGCAAACUAUCUCGUUACACACUUAAACCUUGAGGAUAUCCAAACAAUUUUGCAAGGUCAAGAUGCAAAUAUUCCACUAUCCCAGAUCCAAGGCAUAGAAGCGGAGAAUUUAAUCAAUUUCUUGGUAAUAAUAUAUGGUAAUAAUUAGAGCGCGGAUUUAUAUUCUCUUACAAUAGCCAAAAUAUGAUGAUUAUAUGCAAAACAAAUUUAAUACAUAUUAAUUAACAAAAUCAAUAACAUUAUUAAAAUAAUAAUAAACUAAGUUUUUAGAUUGUUAUUUCGGCAUUUCAUUAAAUUAAAACUUGUAAAUCAACGCACAAUAAUAAUCAUAAAAUAUGAAAAAUUAAUUCAGUCAUAAAAAUUUGUAUACAGAUUCUUUGUACUGUGACAUAUAUUACUCUCGUGGUUGUGCAUACAUCCAUUAAUAACAUGUUUUUACAUAGAAAUCCACGCUCUAAUAACAAUAUAAUAAUGAUUACACUAAUUAAAUUUAUUUGAUUUUUCUUCUGGUUUUUAUUAUUAGUCAAUCGCCAUUUUUACAUAAUUUCAAAGCAUAAUGUUUUAUAAUAUAUUCCACAAUUACCUAUAUAAUAAUGUAUUGUAUAUUUGCAGAGUAAAUUAGAGAAUAUGUUAACCAUGCCAAACACCAUAGCAGUUCCUCAAAUUGGCUAUCUGAAAAACCCUUUACACUUAAGCAAGGUUAGACGACAAUCUAACGAAGUAAUUUCUGCUGUUUAUAAACAACUUUAUGAACACGUACACAAUCCCAAGAACGAAUACGAUAAUCCAGGCGGAUUGAUGCCAAGAACACCAAAUCUUGUGUACCAGAUUUUAGUCAAUGAUGAAAAACCAUCAUAAUUUAUAUAAAAAACAAACUAAUUUAUUUGAAAUAUAUAAAGAUUUAAUAUUUUAUGCAUUUAGUUAACUGCUGGUUAUUUCUCCAACAAUGUACCCCGAACGUGUCUUUUAAUGUCUAAUGCGAUUUCCGGUUCAACAAAUUCAGCCACUUUACGUUUGUUCAUGCCUUUUCUUUCUAAUUGUUUUUCAAUGAUGCGUGCAUUGUUUGCAUAUGAAUCUGCUACUUCUCUCUGUAAUCAUUAAAUGAACAUUUAUAGUUUAAUAUUACAACACAUGUUGCUAUACAAUCAAUAGCAAAAAAUAAUUUACUGCUUCUAUUUCGUCUUCUUCUUCAUCAAUAGUAGACACUGUAACUGAACUGAAUUUCCCCAUGUUCUUGGUAUGUUUAGUAACCAUAAUUUUUUUCGGUUUUUCUACAGCUACUUGAUUAUAUAUGUCCAUUUUGGGACCUUCGCCAGUAUAUUUAACUAGUGCACCCUGAACAAUAAAGUAUACAUUUGCAUUGGGCUGGUGUUUAUAAUACAAAAACAAACCACAUCU